CAGGAGCCCGCGGGUUUCAAAAUUUUCCCAAAAUUUCUCUUCCCCGCAACCUCCGCCUCCUCUCCUCCGCAUCUCGCCGCCCCCUCUUCUCCUGCCUCCGGAAGCUUCUGGAAUCCUCUCCCGCGCGGAUGGAGAACCUCAACGUCAAGCUCCAUAAAAAGUACACCGGCCUCAAGAAGCGGAAGCUGCUCGACGACGAUGGGCUCCGGAAGCGGGAGCUGGAGAUGUUGGAAGAGCUGAAGAAGAUGGCAGGCGAGGUCCAGAACCUCCGGGACGAGAACGACCGCCUCCGCGACGAGCUGAUCGACAAAGAGAAGCAGCUCGCGGAGACGCGGAUACUUGUAGUGGAUAGGGAGCAGCAACUUUCAGAGACCCAAACACUUUUAGUGGAAGAGACUAGCAAGACAAAGGAGUUUGAAACUGAGAUUUUGAGGCUUAAGAGUCUGUUUGCUGAGAAGAAUGAUACAGAUAAUUAUACAACUCCGGUGUCUCCUGCGACAAUACCGGAAGUGGUCAUACAGAAUCAAACUCCAGUUUCGCCUGCAAAAAGGACACCAAAGUCGAACAGAGCGAACAAAGUACCGUCCAGCGCAAAUGCCAUUGUCCGUCCUAGUAACUUUCACAAUGAAGCUACGGAGCUGGACUGCUGUAGAAGAGAUAUGCACAUCUCAGGGAAUGGGAACGAGGAAAGUUCUAGUUGUGUGUAUCAUAUGCUGGCUGAAUCUUUAGUUGGCAUGAAAUUAUCAUUGAAGAAUGAAAUGGAAGGAUUUUCACUUUCAUUUUAUCAUGAAUCUAGCGGUUAUAAUUUCACUCUUACAUGGUUAGAGCAACCUCAUGGUGGUGAAUGGGCCUACAGUUACUCUUCACUGGGCACGUUGGAGAGGGUCGCUUUGAAGUGGCUGAAAGUACAGAACAUAAGGUUCAGCAUGACCAUGUGCCCUGUGUUCUUUCAGCGGAUAUUGCGACUACUUGGACAAGUCUACUAAACUUCCCAGGGAGCUCUAGAUUACUGAAACUGACUUGACUGUUCGCUGCUUUUAAGCUGUAUAGCAUCUCACCUCGUUCAGUGUUUCUUUCUUUGUAUAUCAUCUUACCCCCUGUUUUGAAUAGAUUUCUCUAUUGAUAAACCCCAAUUUCAUGCGUUCUCUACUAAA